GGCGGCGGAGGCGGCGGCGGCUGCGAUGGCAGCGGCCCCCGAGCGGGCUUAAGGGCUCGGACCCGGCUCCCUCCCGCGUUUCCUCGGGCCGACGCGGCGCCGCGGGCCCGGCUCGCCCGGCUCCUGCUCCCUCCCCGGCCGCUGCCCGGGCAGACGCGGACGAGGCCCGCGCUGGCCGCCUUGACGCGCCCCGGCUCGGCCCCGGACGGCCCGGUUGCUGUGCGGAGAGGAGGCCGAGUCGGUAGUGGAAAGAAACUACUGAAGAAUAGGAUCUCAAGAUGAGUAAAAAGCCCCCAAAUCGUCCUGGAAUCACUUUUGAGAUUGGUGCUCGUUUGGAGGCACUGGACUACUUACAGAAAUGGUAUCCAUCACGAAUUGAAAAAAUUGAUUAUGAAGAAGGGAAAAUGUUAGUUCAUUUUGAGCGUUGGAGUCAUCGUUAUGAUGAGUGGAUUUACUGGGACAGCAACAGGUUGCGACCCCUUGAAAGACCUGCGCUAAGAAAAGAAGGCCUAAAGGAUGAGGAAGAAUUCUUUGAUUUUAAAGCUGGAGAAGAAGUUCUGGCUCGUUGGACAGACUGUCGCUAUUACCCUGCCAAGAUUGAAGCAAUUAACAAAGAAGGAACAUUCACAGUUCAGUUUUAUGAUGGAGUAAUCCGUUGUUUAAAGAGAAUGCACAUUAAAGCCAUGCCUGAGGAUGCCAAGGGGCAGUUUCUGUUCCAGGUGAAAUCCCAGCAUCCACUAAGCUGGUGUUGUCCUAUCGACCCAGCUGGAUCGUGUAACCAGUCUAUGGGAAGUGAGGACUGGAUUGCUUUAGUUAAAGCAGCUGCUGCAGCUGCAGCGAAGAGUAAAACAGUGACUAAACCUCGAACCAGUGCUAACAGCAAUAAAGAGAAAGAGAGAGAUGGGGGGAAAUGGUUUAAAGUGCCUUCAAAGAAGGUAGAAACUUCAGCUUGCAUAGCCACUGCAGAGACUGAGAAGGAGGAGGAGCUACCCACAUCUAGCGAACCGUCUGUAGGACUUCACAUAGACAGCGUUCCAAAGAUCGUCUUUCCACAGCCAGAGGUCACAGUAACAAACAAGAGGAAAAAUAACCAAGGCAACUCAUUUCAGGCAAAGCGAGCACGACUUAACAAGAUCACUGGUUUGUUGGCAUCCAAAGCUGUUGGGGUAGAUGGUGCUGAAAGAAAAGAAGACUACAUUGCAACAGCUCCAGUCCUGGAGCAGGCGAUUUCACCUAAACCUCAAAGUCAGAAAAAAAAUGAAGCUGUCAUUAGCAGUUCUGCCAACACUCAGAAACCUGCACUGUUAUCCUCAACUUUGUCUUCAGGGAAGGCUCGCAGCAAGAAAUGCAAACAUGAAUCUGGAGAGUCUUCUGGGUGUAUAAAAGCCCCUAAGUCACCACUUGCCCCAGAGUUAAUACAAGCCAAGGAUUUGACGCUUGUAUCUCAGCUUUCUUCCGUGAUAAAUAAAACUAGUCCUCCACAGCCUGUGAAUCCCCCUAGACCUUGCAAGCAUAGUGAGCGGAGAAGAAGAUCUCAGCGGUUAGCCACCUUACCCAUGCCUGAUGAUUCUCUAGAAAAGCUUUCUUCUUCCUCUUCAGCCACUGAUGGGAAAGUGUUCUCCAUCAGUGCUCAGAAUCAGCCAGAGUCUUCAGGACCAGAGGCUCCUGCUGUUGCACCUAUACCAGUGCAGAAGCUGGGACCUUGUCUCCCUCUUGAUUUAAGUUGUGGUUCAGAAGUGACAGCAUCUGGAGCCCCAGACUCCUCCUGCCCUGGUGGUGAAUGUUCCAGGGAAGAAAAGGAGGAGACACAGGUGUUCACAAGUCCCUCCCCCAAAGUAGUGAGUGAUGGAAAAGGAGCCACAUCAGCCACUGGAGUAUUGAAAACAGAAAAAAAGGUGAAAUUGGAAGAAAAAAGCUCCACUGCAUUUGGUAAAAGGAAAGACAAGGACAAGGAGAGAAAAGAGAAGAGAGACAGAGAUCACUACAAACCGAAGCAGAAAAAGAAAAAGAAGAAGAAGAAGAAAUCAAAGCAGCAUGACUAUUCAGAUUAUGAAGACAGUUCCCUAGACUUCUUGGAAAGGUGCUCUUCUCCACUGACUCGAUCUUCUGGGAGUUCGCUGGCUCCACGAAGCACAUUCAUGGAGAAAACGACAGCCUAUCAGUACCCGAGGGCAAUCCUGUCGGUUGAUCUUAGUGGUGAAAACUUGUCAGAUGUGGAGUUUCUGGAUGACUCUUCCACAGAGAGCCUGCUUCUGAGUGGAGAUGAGUACAACCAAGACUUUGACUCCACUAAUUUUGAGGAGUCUCAGGAUGAAGAUGAUGCUAUCAAUGAGAUUGUACGGUGCAUCUGUGAAAUGGAUGAGGAGAAUGGCUUCAUGAUCCAGUGUGAAGAGUGCCUGUGCUGGCAGCACAGUGUGUGCAUGGGGCUCCUGGAGGACAGCAUUCCGGAGCAGUACGUCUGCUACAUCUGUCGGGACCCUCCGGGUCAGAGAUGGAGUGCAAAAUAUCGUUAUGAUAAAGAAUGGUUGAAUGACGGAAGAAUGUAUGGGUUGUCUUUUUUAAAAGAAAAUUAUUCUCAUCUCAAUGCCAAAAAGAUAGUCUCCACACAUCAUCUGCUUGCUGAUGUCUAUGGUGUGACUAAAGUACUACAUGGGCUACAGCUGAAGAUUGGAAUACUAAAGAAUAAACAUCAUCCGGACCUUCGUCUCUGGGCUUGUUCUGGGAAGAGAAAAGACCAAGAUCAGAUAGCUGGAGCAGAUAAAAAACUGACACUUCAGGACAUAGCUAACUCAGAGGGAAAGAAAUACAUACAGAACCACAAAGAACCACCCCUGAAAAUGGAAGGAACUUACAUAACAAGUGAACACAGCUAUCAAAAGCCACAAAGCUUUAGUCAGGACUGCCAGUCUCUCACAGAGCCUGGGAGCUCGGAUGAUGAUGAUGAUGAUGAUGAUGAUAAUGAUGAUGAUGAUGAUGAUGAUGAUGCUAGCAGUUUUGAAGAAGAUGGGGAACUCCAUAUGGGAAAUAAAAGCCAUUUUCUGUACUCAGCAAAAGAGUGUGGAGUGUCAGAGAAGAAGAAUCCAGCUUCCAGGAAUAAAGUGUUUGUUUAUAAUGAGAAAAAGGGCUCAGAGGGCCCAGGAGACUCACAUCUUCAGUGGCAGCUAAACCUCCUCACGCACAUAGAAAACGUGCAGAAUGAAGUCACCAGCAGGAUGGACCUCAUAGAAAAGGAAGUAGAUGUUCUGGAAAGCUGGCUUGAUUUCACAGGGGAAUUGGAGCCACCAGAUCCCCUUGCAAGACUGCCCCAACUUAAACGCCACAUAAAACAACUCUUACUUGACAUGGGCAAAGUACAACAAAUUGCAACUCUUUGCUCUGUAUAACAGUGGUAAACACACAGUGACAAGAAUAGGUCUUUCCUCAAUUGAGACAUUAUUAUUGCUGAGUGGAUAGUCAAAAAGCUACUUAGUAAUGUUUAAUCAUGUACUGAUUUGUGACAUCGGUAGUAUGUCAUCUUGGAAGAAAAAUGAAGAGCAACUUUAGUAAGGAAGCUAAUAUUGCAGAUGAUACUGUCAUCAAUGUCAAGAAUCAGUACAUAGAAUACGAACUAUACUAAAGGAAUGGAAUUGGCGGGAUUCUUAUCGUUGCUUUCAUGAAGCUCAAGAUAUCUAUAGACAGAAACACGGUGUGUUUAUAUAGAUUUUUAAGAGAGAAACCCAGGUUUAUAAACCAGCAUUUGGCCAAAAUCACACUAUAAGGAAAUUCAAGUUCUGGAGAAUUGUGCGCAUUUGCUCUAAGAUUUGCCUUCUCAGCAGCGGGGAUGCAGCUGCAAAGAGACUUAGGUUACUUAAACUUCUGUGGGACCGUGAGCUAUUUCUUGGGUAAUGAAUGUAUUUAAUCAGAAAACGGACGAUGGAAGUCUCACUUUGGGAAACAGUUGUGGAUUCCUAACUUCAUUAUGAAUGCAUUUUAAGAAACCCACCAAAUAAUUGCAAUUUAUUGUGAGCAUUGUGCUCCUUAAAAACAAAGCGGCUUACAGAAGGGCCCGAUGUGCCAAAUGUUGAUUGACUGCUGGAAAGAGGAUUUGAAUAUCACAGGAGUCCUUCUACCUGCUGUAUGUGCGCAAUGCCAUUAAUCCAUCCAGUCCUGAGCACCCCGUGCAGGGUGUGCCCUGUAUAGGUGAGUGGCAGCGUCCAGCCCUCAGCAUAUAGUUUGAUCCUGGAUACACUUGGUGUGUUUGCCUUUUGAAAAAUAAAAAAACUAUAAACCUCAGCUGGGAUGAGGAGUGACAAAAAAUAUCAAAGUAAUCUAACUGCUAGUAGUGGAAUACUGGAAAAGCUUCAUUUUGAAGAUAAAUUUUAUUUUAAAAGAUAAAUAUACGCAAAAAAUUUAGUUUUGAUCAUAAAUGGACAGAUUUAUGAAACCAAAGGCAACUAAGUUGCUUACUCAGCUCUUGCUGGAUUUUUGAGCCUAGGUCCUACUGUCUGCCAGUCCUGGUGCGAGUUGUAUGCACCCCUCAGUGCUACAUGCGCAGGUAUGUGUAAGUGAGUCUGCUUGUUUAAAUCGUCAACGUACAUAUGUACAUAAUCAACACAUAUUUAUAUCAUACAUCUAGUUUUAUUACUAUAGACUAUACAAAUCAGUGGUUAACAUAAAAUGUUACCUUUUAAUAGACUUUUUAAAAACUAAAAAUGUAUGUACAGGUUUUAAAUUUUUUUUAAAAAGGGGGGGAGAAAAGACUGUUAAGAGGAGGCUAUUUGAUGACAUUACACUUGAAUUUUUUUUUUUUUUUUUUUUUUUGCCUCAUUCUGUUUAUCAGUUCUAGGAAUCUGUAUAAAUUCAUUUAGAACUGGUAGACAGUGAACUUGAAUUUAUCUUUGAUAAGAAUUCAUGCCACUGUACAUUCAGAUAUUAUUUAAAUUUGCAAACACACUGUUCUAUAUAUAUGUGUAACUGUAUUAAAAUAUUCCACAUAUCCUAAAAUUUCAGCUUGCCUUUUUGCGGCCUUAUGUUUUGAUGUGAAGAUUAAAAGAAUGUGCAGAACACUGAGAAAUUUUUAUUGCCUUUUGAAAUUUUCCAACUGAUAAAUGUGCCAAAGAUCACCAUACAUAAAGUAUAGCCCUCUGUAUUUACUUGUGAUACCUAAACUCUGUCAAAGAUCCUACUGAUGAAUGCUUUAGCAGAAGUCAUUGUGGGUAAAUGCUUAAAUUUGCAUAUUAAAGUGAAAAUUAGUGCCUAUAA